CAAGACACAGAAAAGAAGAAGUACUAUUUUCUUGUUGCAAAUGCCAAAUUCAUGCUGGAUGAAGAGGAGCAUUUCCAGGAGCAAUUGUUUGAACGUCUUCGUCUCUUUGGAGAGCGCAACAUGGAGCAGGAUUUCUGGCUUGUGAUUGAGCCAAAAUUCUUGGAUAAAUUCCCUAAUAUUACCAAGAGACUGAAGAGACCUGCAGUAGCUCUUGUCUCAACAAAUGGCCCUUGGAUCACGUUCAUGAAGUUGAGACUAGACAGAGUUUUACAGGAGAGCUAUGAAGCUGACAGUCUAGAAGAAGCUUUGGCAUGUACUCCUGUUAGUCUUAAGUUUGAAAAGCCAGAGAAGUGGGUAGCUCCAUACCCAAAGUAUGAAUCAGAGUGGUGGACGCCUUUCUUACCCCCUGGAUCUCAGACAUCAAAGGUGUGAGCAGCAAUCCUUCUACUCAAUUUUGGGAUAUCCUCUGUGUUUAACGAAGCAGGUCAUUCUCUGCCUCUGCCGCACUGUUUGUUAGUCAGGCAUUUGACAUCUAUUUCAAAAGUAUGUGAAAAGAUGAGUGUGAAGCACAAAUGUAGGCUGUAGGUAAAGGCGUGUCUAGCUUAUUGGCCAAAUACUGUAUGAUUAGUUCCUGGUUGUUGAUGAUCUAAACCUGUUUAUGAGAUUACAUAAGUAAUUGGAGAAGAAAGGGACUACUUGUUAUGCUUUCAAUUGUGGAAAA